AUGGCUAGUAGCAAAUGGUUUCAAGCAAAGUCAUCCAGCAAGCCCAGCGACUAUAGCAGACCAAUCCUUCCGCCAAGGAAAGUUGGAGUCGGUCUUACAUCUGGAUCUCAAUCUCAAAUGUCCAGACCCCCUGCAGCAGGCUAUCAACAGAGGCGUCAAGCUCCAGCUGAAAAGUACCAAGAACGAAGUCGACCUAUAUCAGACAUCUUGUCCCAAAUAGAAGACUUUGCGUCUUCUGAAAUACCUAAUAGCCCCCCUCAGAUGAGCGCUCUGCCGUACAAACCCGAUGUCUUGAGAGAUUUGCCACCGCAACGUGUCCGUCGUGAAGAUAAAUCAAAGUCCCCAGGCCGUGAACGAAGACAUUCACCUACAAACACAGCACAUACAGCAUCAUCAUUCGCCGAAUCGAGACAGAAUGCAGCGUCAUCAGUCGCUGAUGGUGGACAGAGACGUGAAAGGUCUCGAGAUCCGAAACAACGUAUAGUUCGAGAUCGUCUGCCUGAUUCAGGCUCCGAUAGUGAGCAACGAGGCCAAGGUCGUAGUCGGGCUAUAUCACCCAAUCCUUCUAAUUACACGUCCGUCACUGGUCGGUCUGGUAAAUCAGGACCUCGAGAUCCUGAUGCUACGUUUGGAAUUAGCUCAAAGUCGAUAGGUGCUGCUCUUAAUUUCGGAGAACAACCUAGUAGGGAUGCUCAAUCCCAGCGAAGUGCUGGCCAUCUUCGCCGUAAUAGUGAUCAGGGAUCAGGACUUCCAGGAGCCGAUGAUAUGAUGAUGCAGCUACAAGUACAGGAAGCUUUGUUGGAUGCGGCAGGCUUCCCAGUCUUGUCUUCAGACAAAUACGAAAUCCAGAAACGUGAACUAGCAAAUCUAUCUGCUCAAGUAGCUAGUCUCCACUCUCGAUUGGCUCUUGAAUCUCGAGUCCGUGAGGCUGCUCUAAAUCUAACUCGUUUGAAUUCUGGCAAUCCAGAACAGACACGGUCUGCUCAAGAUCAGCUUGCCCAAGCCAAUAAAAAAGUAGAUGCUAUAGCUACCGAGUUAUGGAAGAUUACCGGUAAACUUAUGGAAGUGGAACGAGCUGUAUUGAAACAUUUAGGAGGUGUCCUCAGAUGGGAAGUCAUGAAGAAUCGUAAUGGUGGUGGCCAUGGCUAUACUGAUCUAAAUGGGCAGGAUGCAUCUGGUUUCACUACUACACAAAAGUUGGCGUCAGCUGAAGCCAAAGUACGAGAGCUAGAACAUAUGAUUGACAUGUUGAAUAACUCUAUUGGUCGUAUGGAAGCCGAUCAAGAGCCAAUGAAGAAUGAAUUAGGACGAUAUCAGGAUCAAGUCAGAAGUCUAAAAGAAGAACGAGACCGUCUAGCUUCACGUAAUCCAUAUAAUACUCCUGAAAAUACUCCAGGUCGCGGUGGAUCUCCAGGAGAUUCUAGUAGACUGAAAUUAGAAUUAGCUACUACUCGAGCUGAACUCGCAGCAACCAAAGAUGAACUCUUGUCGUCUCGUGAAACCAUCACGCGUCUUCAAGUCCAACAUGAAGAUGACUCAACUGUAAUAGAAGCUAAAGAACGUGAAGUCGCUAAUAUGGGUGCAGAAUUGGAAGAAGUCACGAAUCAGCUCGAUAUGCACAAGGAAGCUGCUUAUGCUGCUGCCUACACUGCAUCUAAAGAAUCUCCUGAAGCACGUAGGGCAAUUGCUGCUCUACAAGUACAAGUAGCUACUCUGGAAAAUCAAUUACAGAAAGCCAAAGGCCAUGCUUCGCGGUCAGCUCGUAGAGACGAAGACGAAGAAUCACGAGGUCGUGGAGGUCGCUCACGUAGUCGUGGACCACCAGGUGACACUGCUGCUGAUUUGGAAGACAGACUCAUCCGUGCUCAAGAUGAUUUGGAACGAGCUAAAGCCGACCAAGCUCGUACCGAACGAGAACUCCAACGAGUACAUAAAGAACUAAGUACUUCAGCCGCUCAAUCUCUUGGUAAUGUCGGUCGUAACGGUGGUAGUGAAAAGUACUCUAUAGACUCCCUUGUAAAGCAGGUCAACCGAGUCGUUGCUGAAAACAACGCCAUGGGUCAGAAACACGGCAAGGACUUUUCAUCUACUCAACAAAAGAUGAUUGAUUUGCAAAUGGAAAUGUCUAAAAUCCGCAGCGAACGAGAUGAAUACCGCCGCAUGCUGGACGAAACAGAACGUAAAUUAAGUGACGAGAUGCGCAACGUAUCUUCUCGUCAUGAUAUGGAAAUGGAAAAGCUAAAGUCUCGUUAUGAUCGUGAUGAAAGUGAUCGUGGUCGACGUACCGACUACCGCCGUGACCAAUCAGCAUCACGAGGAGGCUACGAAGCUGACUCCAACGAUCUAAGGAGACGCCAUAACGAUGAAUUAGAAACCCUCAAGAAGAAAUACGAGCUUGAAAUCGAUGAUUUACGUGAACGUACUGAAUUGGCUGAACGUCAAGCUGCCGAUGUCCGUGCCAAGGCCGAUAAAGAAAAGGAUCGACUCAAUAAUGAAUUGGACGAGCUAGUUGAAGAGUUGAAAAAGAGUAAAGGUGAACGAGAUGACGAAUUCCAAGCUCUAAUAUCCAAGAAUAAACAGUAUGAAUCCGCUGCCCAACUACUCCAGCAAGAACUCAGAUCAGCUCGUGAAAAAGCUGAAAAGAUGGGUAACGAGAUGGACGACCUCAAGAUCCAAAUCUCCACCACCACCAAACGUAAUCGAGAAGAAAACGAAAAGCUCAAAGCAGAAUCAGCUAAACGAGUCAAGGAUGUAGAAGCUCAAUUAUCUGAAUUCGAGGCCAUCCGAGCAGAAUUAGCUUCUGUAGAUCGUGAACAUCAAAUCCUUAUGGCUCGUCGUGAAACUGAACGACGUGAAGCUGAAGCUAUGCUUAAAGACGCUCAGGAUGCUCGUGAUGAUGCGCUUGCUAAGAUGGAUGCUAUGAGGAAACAGCUUGAUAAGGCACAGUCUGAAGCUUCGGAAGCACGUAAUAGGCCACGUAGUAUGGCAGCAGAAGCCCAGCUUAUUGGCAAGAUUGAUGAAUUGCAGAGCACCAUUAUUCGACUCAAGGAGCAAAAGGCUGAUUUGGAGGAUGAAGUCAAAGAGCGCGAGAUUCGUGAGCGUAAAGCGCACCGUGAGUUGGACGGUAUCGUCAAAGAAAUGGACCGUAUGACUCGAAACCAAACUGAUUUCGAAUCAGAACGUAAACGAUACGAAAACUCUAUCGACAAACUCCGUCGUGAAGUCAAUGACUUGCAAUACCGAGUUCAAGAUUAUCGACUUGAGAAUGUUGGAGGUCCAGGAGCUCUUGAUCGAUAUGAUGGAUCUACAGCUGCAUCUCAGAAACUCAGAGGAGAGUUUAAGAAGAUGCUGGCUGAUUUACGAUCAGAAUAUAAUGAGCAGGUUACUCGUGAGGCUAGCACCAAGGCUCGUCUGGAAUCUGAAUUACGAGACUUGAAACGGGAGAGGGAUAUGGUUGCUUACCAGAAGGUUAAUGAUAGCACGCAGACUGUGUUAAGAUGGGUUGAUGGCGACAAACCAGACGCCGUAGGCGGCGCAACAGUCGGUAUCUCCAACCGAGACUGGAAUAAAACAGGUCGCGACCCACGUGGCCCCACAGUAACUCACACUGAAGGCAAAAUAAUCGAGCCAUCUAUAUCAACAUACGAAUCCACACAAACCAAAUCACCAAUCCGGACCGCUCGUGGUCGCUCACGUUCCCAAGAACGUGCGUACGAACGUGAUUUGUUACGAGACAAGUCACGGGGUGCUGCAACAGAUGAUCGACGAGGUGUUGCUGAUGAUCGAUUCGGAUUACCGGAUCGUUCUGAUUUGGGUACGAGAAGUGAACGAGCAUACCGUGACCGUGAAGAUGAUUCAACACGUAGCAGAGCGUAUGAGCCUGAGCCUACAUCACCACGUAAUAGAACAUACGAACCUGUUGAGGAUCGAUAUGGUGCUGCGAGAACUCAGCGCGAUGCUGAUAGGGCUCGAGAGAGGGAGCGGGAUUUGGAUGGGAUGAGAGGGAAUGUUAGUGGUGUUGCGAGACGGGAGCCAUCAUACAGAUAUUGA